AUGGAGUUAUUGAGGCAACUAAUUUCCAUUCGGGAUCAUCAUUAUUUACCGUUAUCUGGCCAUCCUCAUAAUCAUCUAAUUCUGUUUUCAAUAUCCACAUUAAAAUGUAUUGUCUCAACUUUUCCAAUAAAUAUUUCUCUAAAUCAUCCAUUUUCUUGAACAUUUCGGACACACAUCUUUCCUCAUUUGUUUUUUUAAUUUUAACGUAGAAUUGAAGCAAACAGUUACGAUUUUGUUUCGCGACAAUUAUAAAAUAAUUCCCUGGAUUUUCAAAUUUUAAACAAAUUUCAAUGUGAGAAUAUUC